UUCUGUCACUGUCAAAUGUAGAGCAGGCGACCAUUGGGGACAAGGUAGCGUUGAACAGAAGAGAGAGAGAUAGAUAGAUAGAGAGAUAGAGAGGACAGUAGUCGCGUAUUGCCGCAACAUUUUCUUGUGCGUGCAUCAUUAUAAACUUAGUGCCAGCCAGGUCUUCUGUAUUAAUUAUUGCAUGUGUAGAGCAGAUCAUCCAGCGUUGGACUGGCAUCUGGUUACGAAAGAAACGGGACGGCACCAGUGGAAAUACUAUCUGAAAACUCCAUUAGCCUUGCUUCGUUCGUUUUACAAUUGCCAGCAGUCACAGUCACAGCAGCCUAUUUCCGAGGACGCGAGUCGCGAUCACAGGGACCGCUGGAGAAGUCUCACGUUUUGUCGUUUGAUUUAUAGACUGGUCACUGUAAUUUACGCAAUAGCCUAGUUUUCUGGACUCCUUGCACAUUUUUUUUUCUUUGGUCCAAAGUAGUCCAUGCAAGCCUAGUUGCUAUACCAUUUUUUAAAGAAACCUACGUGACAGACAGAUUCAAUCAUUACUCUCAAAAGGGACAAACGAGGGACCAUGGUGAAUCCUGGAGGUAGCAGCCAGCCCCCUCCGGUGGGAGCAGGCUCCCUGUCCUGGAAGAGGUGUGCGGGCUGCGGGGGGAAGAUCGCUGACCGCUUCCUUCUCUAUACCAUGGACAGCUACUGGCACAGCCGAUGCCUUAAGUGCUCCUGCUGCCAGGCCCAGCUGGGGGAGAUAGGCACCUCCUGUUACACCAAGAGCGGCAUGAUCCUCUGCAGAAACGACUACAUCAGGUUAUUUGGGAACAGUGGGGCAUGCAGUGCUUGUGGCCAGUCCAUUCCAGCCAGUGAACUGGUCAUGAGGGCACAAGGCAAUGUGUACCAUCUCAAGUGUUUCACAUGUUCUACCUGCCGGAACCGGCUGGUCCCAGGGGACAGGUUCCACUACAUCAACGGCAGUCUGUUCUGUGAACACGACAGACCCACAGCACUCAUCAAUGGACAUUUGAGUUCACUGCAGACAAACCCACUACUGCCCGACCAGAAGGUGUGUUAGGAGCAAGGUGUGCAAGAAGCAGGAUGCGUGCCUUCAUUUUAACCCUAGCUUAUUGUCACCCACUACUUUCUGGAUCCCUGUACCAUCCCUCCUGCCCUGCCCUGCCCUGCCCUGCCCCCAGCCCCCCCCCCCCCCCCCCCCCCCCCCCCCCCCCCCCCCCCCCCCCCCCCCCCCCCCCCCCUGCUCUCCAGGCACCCAGACUCUUACCUGAGCCCCCAGGCAGCCUCCUCAAUCUACCAAGACCCCCGCUUCUCUCUGUACAACACCCACCCUCGUCCCCACCCUAACUCCCUUUUACGGGAGGACAUACACCCCCCCCCGCUUCUCUCUGUACAACACCCACCCUCGUCCCCACCCUAACUCCCUUUUACGGGAGGACAUACCCCCCACGCUUAUGAUACGCCUGAGAUGUGAUUCUGAGGACUCCAUGAUUCUGACACUGGACUAAAAGGAGACUUGAUCAGAACUGGAGGGACACUGAGAAAGAGAGGAAGAGGAACCGAUCUGAGGAUGAACAGAACGAGACAAAGAAAGAGAGAAAAAUACAAAAUGAAGCUAAUCAAGUUGCAGUUGUUUUUCAAAUCUGCACACAGUUGUACAUUUGUUUUUGUUUUUAGUAUCGGGGAAAGAAACGACUGUCUCCUUUAAAUGUAUCCCUCUUCUUUUUACCUCCUACUUGCCUUCCAACCUGAUAUUCGCUUGUUCAUUAUUUGAAGUGUUGUGAAGAGACUGUGUUUCUAUUUUGGUGGUAUAUAAAACAAGACUAGGUUAAAAAGUAUCCGUGGCUUUUUUGUGGAAACGUAAUACCAUUAUGAUGAGCAUUCUCUUGGUGUAUUUGUAAAACUACCAUGUAUGUAUGCAUGUAAAUGUUUUUGUCCUGACGUGGCUCACAGUACAUUCUGCUCCUGACACAGCCUAAUGGACCAUACAGACCAUAACGAAUGUGGGCCGUGUGCAGCAGGUGUCUGUCCUAUCGCCUCUGACCACAAACCACGGCCGUCAGUUUCUGUUCAUUUACCGAACGAUUCUACAUGUUGAAUCACCACCGCUCAUCGACACCUAGCAGAUGAUCUACUGCACACAGCCAAUGUUGGUGUUGGUCUUUCCUGUCCUUAACCCCGACUCCUCUCCUCGCAACCUAAACCUGAACCUGAACCUGAACCUGAACCUAAACCUGAACCUAAACCUGAACCUGAACCUGAACCUGAACCUAAACCUGAACCUGAACCUGAACCUAAACCUGAACCGAAACCUGAACCCAUGGCUUAACAAAAGAAAGAUGUUCAGAGUCACUAAUGUAGAGAUUUUCACCAACCCUAUAAAUUCAUGAAUGAAAGAAAAAUCUAUUUGUGAUAUUUUCAGAGACAUUUGCUCCAGUAUGGUGUAUUUGAUUAAUAAAAAUAAUUAUGAUACAGAAAA